AGACCGGCGCGUUCUGCUUCUGCCAGAAAAUAAACUUGAAAGUUUGAACGUUAAAUGAUUUAUCUUCAAAAAAUAAUAUAAUUGUGCGAUUGUGCAUAAUAAUUAAAGAAUAUUCAUUCCUUCUAUAUGUUUAAUUGUUUCGUAAAUAUUCCAUUAAAAGUGAAGGUUAUAAAUAAAUAGUGCACUAUUAUUAAAUGGAGCUUGUUGUUUCAACUUAUCCACAUUAAUAAAUAGAUAGAUAUACAAUAAAGUGUUUUACCGGAAUUCGAAAUCUAAACUAAAAUGUCUAGCGACUUAAUGAGUCAAUUUUAUUCUGCGCUAAAUUUACCAGUAUUAGAAAAAGUUAUUGAGCUCACAAAAAUUUUAGACCAGGCAGGACCUAGUAAAGACUUUCAAGCACUGUUUCCUCAAUUGGUAAACAAUAUUUUUGCAUCACCCAAUAACAAUGGUUGGGGCUUACGACAAAUAACAUGUGAACAUAAUAGAUACGAAUUUGAAGCACUGAUGAGUUUUUUAGAACCACAUGGACCAUUAUUUAGAAUGUGUUACAAAUUACUAUUUGAUCCUCAGUUGAAAUAUAAUCUUCCUUUGAGUAUGCUGCCAUUUGAGUUACAAAUGAUGUUGGAGAGAGGAGGAAGGUGUCCACAAUUUUAUUCAGACAUGUUAACAUUGGAUUCAAAUUCCUUGAAUGUGGUUGCUUUAGCCUUAAAUCCGUUUGAUUAUUACAUAUUCAAUUUUGCUUUGCAUUUGACAAAUAACAAUCAGAACAAAAGCUCCUGGGAGAUAUGGAAUAGUGUUUAUUUUGCUUUGGCUUGUGACUACCUCACACAUUUUUUGCCAACUGAUCCAAAUAUAUGUGUUCUACCAAUGAUACCACAUUAUAAUGGCAAAGUACCUCUAGUUGCACCACUUCAGUCAGUUAACAGGCCUCUGGGUUCCCCUUCUUUAUUACUUGUACCUGACCUAUCUGGUAUAAGUAACCAACACCCAUCUUCCCAAAAUCAAUCAAGGAAUGAGAUAUGGCGUUCAGAAACCGUAUUACAAGUUUUUAUUGACAUUUGGAUGAGUGUGGAACAGUUUAAUUCACGCAACAUUGAGAUGUACCAAAGAAAUUAUCCAGCAACAUUUUCAAGCCCUGAAAGAGUGAGAUUAGUGCGAGUUGUUAUUAAACACAUAUACUCAUAUUCUGCAAAGUACAACUCCGAUCCAGCUGUAAGGUCAUCAGCUCUUCGUAAAUACGCCAAGCAAAUAAUGUGCACGCGAGCAUACCAAUACGUGAAACAUUUGGUAUCAACCUGGCCUCUGGAUGCCUCAUUUAGACUUGUGAUGGAAUUGUGGCUAAGCCUCAUACAACCUUGGCGAUACACUAACAAUAAUGUUUCCAGAGAUAGGCAUAAUAUUAAUCAAGAUGAAGGAGCCAGUGCAAAUUUAGAUCCAAGCUACAUACAGUUCAUUGCAGAAAAUUAUCCAACAUAUACCUAUAUACUACAACUUGUUUUGCCUAGAUUUAUGAGACUUGAUUUAUCUACAUACAAAAAUGCGGUCAUGUUAUUUAGAUUAGGAAAGGUUUUUUCACAACAACACUUGAUGCCCAUACUAUUGAACUUAGAAAAGGCAAUAACUGAUAGUAUAUCUGGCUUGUACACACCUGAAACAAGCUUUAAUAAUUCCAAUCUAGAUCAAAGUUACACAUACAAUGGUAUAUCUUUGCAUAAAUGGGUGUCAAUAGCGAAACAAGCUAUUUCUGAAUUGAAUAUGAUGACCACUUUCGAAUAUGAUCCAAUUUGGAGUGAAAAUAAAAAGCCACUUUAUAUAGAACUUGUUAAAAAAAUGAUUUCUGCUAAACAAGUAUCUGAAAAAUUUAUGGAAGAAUAUAGGAGUAGAUAUCAUCAACAAAACAAUGGUUUCUGGGGUAGCAUUAAGCAAUGGUUCAUGAUAAAUAAUAAUGAUGAAGACAGAAUGAUAUUAGAAGAGUCUGAAAAAGUGCCGGUGUAUUUGAAUCAUUGUAUAAAUUAUUUCUCUAAUAUAUUUAUGGUAAACGACAAUAUGCUGUUAUUGGCGGAGGCGAAUGAGGUCGAUAAUUCACUGGAACAUUCGUCUUUUGCUAAUUCAAACAAUUUCUCUUUUUCCAUUGCACAAAAAUUACGAAGCAAACCCACAGGAUUGCAUUACAUGGGCGAUCCUGAUUUGAUGCCUAUAAUGUCGUAUGAAAACACAAUUCUUGUUAGACUGCUUUACCAAUUGGCGACGAAAUUAAACGAACUGUACUCUGAAGAAUUUACCUCACUGUGGAAUCGUCAAGACUUUUGGGGAUAUGCUGCUCGGGAAAUAUUACAAAAACCAAUCACUAUUCAAAAUUAUAUGAAGGAUGUAACCAACCAUCAAAAUAAUAUUGUGUCUAAAGAUCUACCGCCGCGAUUAUCCUUUAGGAGAUUUGGAUCAAACAUAUUUGUCGUGUGGCUUACAAUUGGUUAUAUAUUUUUUAGACUUUUAUCAUAUAAUGGACUAUUUUAUGUAUUCUUUUUGAUCAUGAUGGUACUAAUGAUUGUAUUGGCUAAAGCCUCUUUGAAAAUGUGUAAAAUUAUUAAAUCCUAACUGACUAUUUUAAUAAAUUUAUUUUUGUACA